AUGAGCAAAGGCUGCCAUGAUCCAAUCUUCAAUAGUGAUCCCUUUGAAGAUGGUCUAGCAACUACGCACUUCAAGAAUUGCGGCAUCGCUUUUACCAGCGACGACGAGAUUGUUCGUACAUACGCUCGGCGAGUCAAAUCGCCACGGAACGCCCCAGUCAAGCAGAGCUGGGUGAAGGAGCACAACGACGGACUGAAAGCCGGAAAACCAUCAAGUCCGCAGAACCCUGCCCAGAUCAGUACCUGUCAUGGUAUCCCCGUAUGCGGGAAGGAGACGAAGGGCAAACCUGGCGGGACUGAAGGUAACAAAGACUCUAGCUUCGAGCCUGAAUCAGACAAUCACAGUGACGAGUUGGCUAUAGGGUCAGAUGAUGGCACGGAUUGA